AUGGGUGUUAAAGUCAAAUUGGUACUUUUUGUUAUUUUAGCUCUUAGUGCUAGUGUGUUAGGACAGGAUUCUAUAGUAAAUGAAAAUGAGAGUACUGUUAGUGAUAAGGCAGUGGAUGACGAAAUUCCAGAAAUCGACGUCACAGUAACUAAAGACAAUGAUCCACCGGUAGAACUAAUAUCAAACGAGACGUUAGAAGUAAAAGUUGGAAAGUAUCAAACGUUUGAUGAAACUUUAGUAGGUGAUGCUCAAACAAAUCCAGAUGCAGUUGAGUUGGAGGCGCAAAAUGAGCGACAAAUGAUUGCUCCCCCUGGUACCACUUCUAUUACAAAUACCGAAUAUGCUCACAUCGAUGGAAGAGUGCUCCCUUCAACGAGUUACCAAAACAAUGGGCAACCUUACGUCAUCACACCGCAACGUCUGCAACAAAUUCGAUCAAACUUUAUGUACUGGUUUUACGAUCAAGGCGGAAAUGAUAACACGGGGGAUUACCAAAGAGAUAUCCACGCUUCGACUCCACAGAUUCACAAGAACUUUAACUUUCAGCUACCUUUCUUCGGAUUUCGUUUCAAUUACACACGAUUAUCCAUGAACGGUUACAUUUACUUCAGUGAUCCACCAGACCAUUACUCAUAUCCACUGUCUUUCCCCGUACGAGACUGGCCCAGAGUCAACGAUCCCUCUUUUAUUGGUAUCUUCUUCAGUAAGUGCCGUAUUGGAAGUCAGAGGCCUGAAGAGCCUGAUCAAAGGCGGCCGGGUGUUUACUUCAGAAUGGACAGAGAUUUGCAAACUCGAACUGACCAACUCGGAGUUGAAAUGCGCGAACGUAUUACUUGGGACAUUCGUCAAGGUGUUAUUGGUUCUGAAAACUUUUUCCCGAAACAUGCUGUUACUAUCACGUGGAAAAACAUGUCUUUCGCUGGCGGUAUCGACAACUCUAUGAUGGUGACAAAUACAUUCCAAAUGGUACUUGCAACCGAUGAAGUAUUUACAUACGCGAUAUUCAACUACCUCGAAAUUAAUUGGAGUUCCCAUACUGAGGCUGGUGGUGAUACCACGACCGGCGAGGGUGGUGUUCCGGCUUAUAUUGGUUUCAAUGGUGGAAACGGUACACGAAGCUACGAAUACAAGCCUUACUCUCAAGCAUCGGUACUUAGAGAUUUGACGGGUAGAGGCUGGGCCAAUGGUUUCCCAGGUCGGCACAUCUUCAGGAUAGACGAAAAUAUACUUAUGGGAACAUGCAAUAAAGAUAUUGAUGGAGCAAAUCUGCCUUUAAUGUUUGCCCCUGAAAGUGGUAACAUGCUUGGUGGUACUGUCGUUAACAUCACCGGUCCUUGCUUUCAACCUAACGAUCGUAUUACAUGUAGAUUCGAUACUGAAUCAGUUUUAGGAGCAGUCGUAGAUUCCAACCGAGCGAUUUGUGUUCAACCACGUUUUUGGCAUAACGGCUAUGCGAGAUUUGAAGUUGCAAUUAAUAAUGAACCCUUUAAAUGGAAAGGAAAAUUCUUCGUAGAGACACCUGCAACUGCAACGGAAAAAAUAUUUUUCCCCGAUAACUCAGUUCACGAAAGAUAUCCACCCGAAGUCAGAAUAACUUGGAAUCGUUUCAAUUUGACUACCAACCUUAAUGUCCAAUUACAAAUCAGUUUAUGGGGAUAUAAAGAAAUUACUAUCAGACCUCAGCUCGAAUUCAUUGAUAUGAUUGAAGUAGGAGUUGCUAAUACAGGCGAAUACGUGAUCAACCCACAAGCCUUCCGUAAUAGAGAUAAUAUAAUGCAUAAUGAUAUGCAAUUUGGAUUUUUACAAAUAAACUUAACGACACCUGAAGUAUUUAAAAAUGUUCCUAUUUCACCGGUUCUAUGGAGUCGGCCUAUUCCUCUCGGAUGGUACUUUGCUCCACAAUGGGAGAGAAUUUACGGACAGCGUUGGUCUCAGUCUAUGUGUAACAACUGGCUUCGAACAGACCGUUUCCUAAAGAACUUCGCAGCUCAAGUCUGGGUUUGCCCUUGUACAUUGGAACACGCAUUGCUGGACAAGGGACGAUUCAUGCCUGAUCUAGAUUGUGACAAAGAUAUAAACCCUACGUGCAGGUAUCACUGGGGAGGUAUUCACUGCGUCAGAAGUGGAGCUCCAAGCUCGGAAGGAUCUGGUCAGCAAUGUUGUUAUGACAAAAAUGGCUUCCUUAUGCUUACGUAUGACCAAAUGUGGGGUUCCAGGCCUCACCGUUCCCAUGACUUUGGAUUUACUCCUUACAAUGAAGCUAACAAGGUUCCAUCGUUGUCCCAUUGGUUCCAUGACAUGAUACCCUUCUAUCAAUGCUGCAUGUGGCAAGAAGAACAGGCCGUUGGUUGCGAAACAUUCAGAUUUGAACGUCGUCCAUCUCAAGAUUGUGUGGCGUAUCAGUCUCCUGGAGUAGCUGGUAUAUUUGGAGAUCCUCAUUUCGUAACGUUCGAUGGCCUGCAAUAUACUUUUAAUGGCAAGGGAGAAUACGUUUUGGUCAGAGUGGAUCGUCCUCAAUUAAAACUCGAUGUUCAGGGUCGUUUUGAGCAAGUUCCUAAGAACAUUUAUGGUCGAGUAAACGCUACGAUACUUACAUCUAUCGUAGCAGCUUCAAAUAAUUCCGUUCCUAUCGAAGUAAGAUUACGACCUGAACAUGCUCAAUGGAGAUAUCGGAUGGAUGUGUUUGCGGACAACAAGAGAAUUUAUUUCGAUCGAACUGCUCUUAGGGUGCAAUACUUCCCAGGUGUGACAGUGUACCAGCCUAUGUAUAUCCUCAACCAGUCCGAAAUUGUCAUAAUGUUCUCUUCGGGCGCUGGAAUAGAAGUUAUUGAAAACAAAGGCUUCAUGAGUGCUAGAGUGUAUCUACCUUGGACUUAUAUGAAUCAAACAAGUGGUUUGUUCGGCAACUGGUCAUUGGAUAUCAACGACGACUUUAAGAGACCCGAUGGAUCGUUUGCUCCUGUCGACUUAAACAACUUCCAAUCAACGCACAGGGACUUUGCGCAACAUUGGCAACUUAGCGAUCGAGAGCAAAAGGAUAUAGGCGUGGCAAUGUUUGUAAGAGAGUAUGGUCGAACUGCUGCAUAUUAUAAUGAUAAUAACUUCAUACCCAACUUUAUACGAGAACCGGCGAACUUCCUGCCUCCGAACCGGUCCCAGGACGUAGUAAGAGCCAAUGAGAUUUGUCAAGAUUCGUAUCAAUGUCGAUAUGACUACGGUAUGACUCUUAAUCGAGACAUGGCUGAGUUUACCAAGAAUUAUCUUGCAUCUAUUACAAAUAUACGAGAACAGAACGCUCGUCGUGUAGUCAGUUGUGGUAUUCUCGAGACUCCUCGCUUUGGCCGAAAAAGUAACUUCUUCUUUACCCCCGGAACUAGGGUUAAUUUUGAAUGUAACCAAGACUUCAUUCUUGUCGGUGAUAAGCGACGAAUUUGUGAAGACAACGGGAGAUGGAAUUUACCUGACUACGGUUACACAGAAUGCUUACGUAAUCAGGAGUAUUCACAGCAAACUCUGUUCUUGACGUGGGGUAUCAUAGUGGCAAUUAUUCUACCUUUAUUACUCCUCAUUUGCCUGUGUUGGUUUUGGUGUUGGCACAAGCCGAGGUCCGAAGGCAAACAAGGAUUCCGCUUCGAAGACAUACCACGAUCGAAAUCUGCCUCUCGACUUAAUCUUAGAUCUAAUUCAAUGGGAAACAUCACAGACACUAUGAAAUCUUCCACUUUGCGUAGUCAAGAUUCUGACGUUAAAACUAAAUUCCCUGAAACUCCCACAGAGGAGACCCCAAUUGAACCACUUUCCGCUGUUACUAGAUCAGCACCACCUCCGCCUUCCGAACCCCUAGAUGGUGAGAGUUCUGGAAUAGGUUACACAGAUUCAAAUAAAAGCGAUUCUAAUAAAUCUGAUAAGUCUAAAAAACGUCGCGCCUACGACAAAACAUAUAGAACGAAUGAACCUUUACCUAAUGCACCUGACGUUGAAUUUCCAGAGAAGAAUUGGGAUUUAUCCGAGGAAGACUUAUUGUCUUUAACAACUCCAUCUGAACCCGAGUCCAAUCGAGAUUCAACUCUAACUCGUCCGACCAGUGAUAUAAAAUAUAUAAGCAAACCACGGCAAACCGGCCGUCAUGCUCUACCCUCCGAUUCUGGUUACUCUACCAAAAACGGUUCCGAAGACCCAUAUGGGAGAAAGUACGAGGGACAAUACAGUCCCAUUCCAUCCCAAUAUUCACCUACUUAUUCCGAAAUUUACUCUCCACCAUUAAGUCCGACACCUGAUACAAGUCCCAGAAAUACUAUUAAUAGUCCAGGUUUACCAGAACCACCGAAAAGUGCUCCUCCGACAGAGAUUAAAACGUUCACCCUUCCACCACAGAGGGGUACCCAAGAGUACUCUGCACGAACAUUGGGGGCGACAUGGGGUAUUAUCAGCGCUGUGAUGGUGCCAUUCGUAAUAGUUCUUAUUUGUGUCGGCUGGCGUAUCUUGAAGAAGAGAAAGGAGGAAGAAAAGGAUGAGAAUGACUUUAUACCGAUAAAAACUCGGGCAAUCGAUCCCGAUGAUCCAGAUGUAAAAAUAAAUUCAGACGAUGAAUCAAUACCAUACAAAAAGGACCUAACUGAAGACAGUCCAGAACCGACUGAGCCCGUUAAACUUGAUGAUAUAGCCAAUCGCGACAACUACCCUUACGGGCAAUAUCAAGGGACGGAUCAACCGCCUCAAGAGUACCCUCAAUCACAAGAAUUUCAACCCCCCCAACCGUAUCCACCACAACAAUCGUUUCAACAGCCACAACAAUUUCAGCAGCCCCAACAAUUUCAGCAACCACAACAAUCGCAACAGCCACAGACAAGUAGACAAUGGUCCGGAGAAACAGAAAUAAAUUAAUAUUCUAUU